UACUGCAUUAUACAUAUAUAGAUGAAGCAUUUCCCAUUUAGACACUAAGAGUUAUAUCUUUGUUUUAGUCUAUCUAUAUUCUAUAUCAAUUGGUUGUUGUAAAAAAUCAAUCAAAAAAUAUACAAAUUUUUAAUUAAUGGGUAACUUGUGGUAUUGCUUCUAAUUUCAGCCCAAUUUUCCAUACAUUAAAGUAAUCCAAUUUGACCGAAGUAAAUUUAGACCAUUUGUUUUGUUUUUGAGAAAACCUGUACACUUGAGUAUAAUGGAGGUGAGGUGGAGGAUACUACUUGGUCGCAAUUGCUUUGAUGGUAGAGGAUCAUCCAAAACAAACAAUAACUGUUGAUGGAAGCACCAUUACAACAUCAAAUGUGCUCAGUAAAAUUCCUCUACAAUUUAUCAUUGAUAUAUCAUCGGCGGCGUCUUGCAACAUAAACCCAACGUAUCCACCAUAUUCUAUUCAAGACGGAGAAACUUUCGUAAUAUCUGAUACCGAAACGUUCAACGAGACCCUCUAUGCGUACCCAAGCGGUUCUGGAGGAAGCAUAACACAGUUUGUUGUCAUUGGGCCUCUGGGGUUGCACCAGUCCGAGAUAACUGAUCAUGGAAACGAUCUUUUUUCGUCGAACAUGAUUUGGGAUGCAACAUCCGAUCAAUCAGGCGAUCACACAGUUUGCUACUACGCAGUGGAUUCUAAAGGGCUACAUUCUGAACAAAGAUGUUUCACUAUAACUGUAACUGUAAAUAUUGAUCCAUGCGAUGUCGACUAUGGUGGGUGCAGUGACACUUGCAUAACUGAUACCAACUCGCACAGCUGCUUAUGCGAUUUAAAUUGUUGGUCAAUACACGACAAUGACAGAACUUGUCUUCCCUUCUCGACGGUUGAAUGUGACGGUCUUAUAGCAACUAACCCCCAAAUAUCAACGGACAACAAUCAGGACAGGCAACAAUUGGAAGGAAUCAACCAAAAGCAGACCAAGCGAAAGCUUUCAACAAUUGCCGAGAAACCGUCUCUACAAAACGUGCGAAAAUCAAAUUCGACCAACUUACGAACGUCGGGGAGAUUCAAAUUGCCUGGAACAACGAGUGAAGUAUCAAAUUGCUGA